GUCUUCCGGACGCGGGUCUCGGCGGUGGGUGAUUCCUUCCCCAAGGCCUGGGGCGGCUGGCAGGAAAAAUGGAGACUGCUGACCAGAAGGUCAGGGAGGACUCUCCUCAGGCACAGGGGGCCACCCAGAGCGGCCCCCAGCAGGUGCCCCGGGAGGAACCAGGGCAGCGUCUGCAUCACGAGGAGACCAUUGACCUCAGCGGAGAUGAGUUUGGAUCUGAGAACGAGACCCUAUCCGAAGGUUCUAACAACUUUGUAGACAAGCUUAAUGAGCAGAUGAUGGAGAGCGUCCUCAUUUCUGACUCUCCGAAUAACAGCGAAGGUGACGCGGGUGACCUCAGCUGCUUGCAGGAUGUGGUGGCACCCGUAGGAGGCAGCACGGAUCACAGACUGGCCAGCAUGGCAGAUAAAGAAGACAUGGACCUUCUGAGCAGCCACAGUGACGCUGAUGGCGGCCACACACCUCAGGACAUGUCCGACACGACCCCUGAUAGCCGGGCAUCUUCCAAAGAAGAUCCCACACAGGAAGAAGUGAAAGACAUUCCCACGUUGGGGAAUGCUAGUGCAGGGGAUUUGGUGCCCAGGGACGAGAACACUCAGCCCGAAGAGCAGGCUUCAGAAAUGUCCUCUAGUCAGUCCUCCUCCAAAGAUGAUCCUGUGCCUGUGUGUACCAUUUUCAGCCAGGGAAGUUCAACUCCUUCCCAGCCACACCUGUUUCUGCAAGAUGGCUUCGAGUCCCAAAUGGUGAAAUCACCAAGCUUCAGCAGCGCAAGCGAGACAUCGGCCAAGACGCCUCCACAGACGGUCCAGCCCAGCCCCAGCCUGAGUCAGUUCUUUGGUGACACCAUGAACACCAACUCCCUGGCCUCCGACUUCUUUGACUCUUUCACCACUUCCACGUUCAUUUCUGUCAGUAACCCCAACGCCGGCUCUUCGGCUCCAGAAAAGUUGUCUUCACUCUCUGCCCCUGAGGGAGAAAACUCCCCCGACUCUGCCGACCCGUCUUACUCUACAGGGUUGGAAAGAUCCGAGUCAGGUAUUUCUACGUCUUCUCUGGAAAUCCCUGAGUCUCCAAAACCAUUCUCCCAGAUGCAGGCCGUGUUUGCAGGGAACGAUGACCCCUUUGCCACAGCCCUGAGCAUGAGCGAGAUGGACCGAAGGAACGAUGCGUGGCUCCCCUGCCAGGCGACCAGAGACGUCCUGGUCGCUGUAGCCACCCAGCAGUACAACACUGUGUUCAUAGACAAGGAGAACCUCACCAUGCCAGGCCUCAAGUUCGACAACAUUCAGGGAGAUGCAGUUAAAGACCUGAUGCUUCGCUUCCUAGGUGAGAAGGCAGCAGCCAAGAGGCAGGUCCUAAACGCCAGCUCGGUGGAGCAGUCCUUCGUGGGCCUCAAGCAGCUAAUUAGCUGCAAGAGCUGGAGGGCGGCCGUGGACCUGUGCGGAUGCCUCCUCACCGCCCACGGCCAGGGCUACGGCAAGAGCGGGCUGCCCACCAGCCACACCACAGACUCCCUCCAGCUUUGGUUUGUGAGGCUGGCACUGCUGGUGAAGUUAGGCCUUUUCCAGAAUGCCGAAAUGGAAUUUGAGCCCUUUGGAAAUCUGGACCAGCCAGAUCUUUAUUACGAAUACUACCCGCACGUGUACCCAGGGCGCAGGGGCUCCAUGGUCCCCUUCUCCAUGCGCAUCCUGCACGCCGAGCUGCAGCAGUAUCUGGGCAAUCCACAGGAGGCCCUGGACAGACUCCACAGGGUCAAGACGGUCUGCAGCAAGAUCUUGGCCAACUUGGAGCAAGGCUUAGCUGAAGACGGGGGCCUGAGCAGCGUCCCACAGGAGAGCAGACAAGCGUCCAUCCAGCUGUGGCGGUCCCGCCUGGGCCGCGUGCUGUACUCCAUGGCCAACUGCCUGCUCCUGAUGAAGGACUACGUGCUGGCCGUGGACGCCUACCGGGCGGUCAUCACCUACCACCCCGAGCAGGAGCCGCAGCUGCUGAGCGGCCUGGGGGGGGGCCGCAUCCUCCUCCAGCAGAUUGGAGACAUCAAGACCGCGGAAAAAUACUUCCAGGAGGUGGAGCGAGCGGCCCAGAAGUUGGAGGGCCUGCAGGGUAAAACCAUGGUCUUGAUGAACAGGGCCUUCCUGCACCUGGGCCAGAACAACUUCGCCGAGGCCCACCGCUUCUUCACGGAGGUCCUGAAGGUGGACCCCGCAAACGCGGUGGCCAACAACAACGCGGCCGUGUGCCUGCUGUACCUGGGCAAGCUGAAGGCGUCGCUGCGGCAGCUGGAGGCCAUGGUGCGGCGCGCGCCCCGCCAGUGCCUGCACGAGAGCGUGCUCUUCAACCUCACCACCAUGUACGAGCUCGAGUCCUCGCGCAGCAUGCAGAAGAAGCAGGGCCUGCUCGAGGCCGUGGCCGGCCGGGAGGGCGACAGCUUCAACACGCAGUGCCUCAAGCUGGCCUAGCCGCCCGGAGAGGAGCGGCGCGGCGUCCGCCCGGACCGCGGGACGGGGGCACGAGCCGGGCGGCCGGGCGAGGGGCGAGGCCGAGCCGCCCCGGCCCACAGCGGGUCCCCACCCCCGCCGGCUCCCGGGGCGGGCUGCACCCCGCGAGGCGAGGCCCCUCCUGCGACUGCUCACUGCUCUCCUCUGUCCCCAAAUAAACA